CACUAAAAUGGAACCCGAAAUGCCGUUUAAAACCAAUUUUCCACGUAAAAAAACGAUGAGCUAACACAAAAUGGCCGACAACGCCGGGAACUCCAACGCCCAGAAACAAAACCGUUCGAAAUCCACGAACCUGGAAUGCAAAAACCUCUACGAUUACCUCAAAUCCCGCCCGUCCAAUCUGCUAGAAAAGCUCUACAAUCACCCCACGAUAUGCCUGGCGGUCUACCGGGAGCUCCCCGAUCUGGCCAAGCAGUACGUAAUUCGCAUGGUGUUCGUCGAACAACCCGUCCCCCAAGCCGUAGUAGCCUCUUGGGGCUCCCAAAUAUACUCCAAAGAGCACAACAACGCCAGCAAAGUGCUAUCGGAUUUAAUGCUAUGGCAGGAAGCUGCUAUUCCGGGCGGUUUACUCGGCUGGAUAAUCUCCCCGACGUUCAAGAAAAAUAUCAAAAUAGCCCUGCUAGGCGGCGGCAAAACCUGGAGCAUGUCAUCAGCUUUAGAGGCCGAUAGUAAAGCCAGAGAUGUCGCUUUUUUGGAUACCUACUCUCAAGAAAGAUGGGAAUGCGUGUUGCAUUACAUGGUGGGUUCCCAACAACAAGAAGGCAUCUCCGCGGAUGCCGUGCGAAUACUUUUACACGCAGGACUGAUGAAACGAGACGAAGAAGACGGUACGCUCGUUAUAACCCGACAGGGCUUCCAGUUUCUGUUGCUCGACCGGCAAGCCCAAGUCUGGCAUUUCAUCCUCCAAUAUCUGGAUACCGUGCAAGAGCGAGACCUGGACCUGGUCGAGUGCCUGACGUUCCUCUUCCAGCUGAGCUUCAGCACGCUCGGAAAGGAUUACAGCACGGAGGGCAUGGGCCCCGGUUUGCUGGUGUUCCUGCAGCAUUUGCGCGAAUUCGGGCUGGUGUAUCAACGUAAAAGGAAAGCGGGGAGGUUCUAUCCCACUCGAUUGGCAUUAAACAUAACGAACAACACCAAUAAAUCUACCCCUGAUAUCGAAGACGACCACCCGAAGGGGUAUAUAAUCGUAGAAACCAACUACAGGGUGUACGCUUAUACGGAUUCGAAUUUGCAAGUGGCCCUCGUGACUUUAUUCACCGAAUUGAUAUACAGGUUUCCUAAUUUGGUGGUCGGUGUGAUUACGAGGGACUCGGUGAGGCAGGCCCUGAGAGGUGGGAUUACGGCGGAUCAAAUUAUAGGGUUUUUGAAGCAACACGUGCACCCUCGGAUGCUCGAAUCCGAAGCCAAAAGUCCGCUGCCUCCGACCGUGGUCGAUCAAAUUAAGUUGUGGGAACUGGAAAGGAACAGAUUGGAUUACAAGGAAGGGGUGUUGUACAGCCAGUUUUUGUCCCAAAUCGAUUUUAACGUGCUCAAAGAGUAUACGGAAUCCAACGGUGUGUUGAUUUGGUUUAAUAAGGAAAAAAGGACUUUGGUUAUUAACAAAGCGGCGCACGAUGAUGUGAAAAGAUUCUGGAAAAAGUAUUCUAAAGGUAGUUGAAUGUUUUAAUUGUAAAUUGUAAUCGAAUAAGAUUUUUUUUUUCAAAUAAAAACCGUUUUAUUACAAUUUGUUAGGUUAUAUUGUCAUCUGUCAAUUGUCAUUACUGAAAAACAUGCGUUCAGUAAUUAAAA